UCGUAAGUAGGGUAUGAAAAGCCGAAACAAACGCCCCCAAUUAGGUCCAGUAAAGCAGAAGCAGAAGCAGAAGCAGAGAGAUGGAUUUUGCUAUCUUCUCCCCAUCUUCGCUUUUCGCCGACAACGAUGGCAGCUCUACCGAUGAGGAAACGAUGGAGACCCAUCAGAGCUACGCGGAGAGAAGGCACCAAUUUCCUGGAAUGGAAUUGCUCAUUCGAGAAUUUUCUUUUCACGAGUUGAAUGCUAAUUUACUUUGGCCGGGGACAUUUUCAUUUGCAGAAUGGUUACUUCAACACAGGUCAUGGGUAGAAGGACGGCACACGAUUGAAUUGGGCAGUGGAACUGGGGCUUUGGCCAUUUUUCUGAGAAAAUCAUUUCAAUUUGACAUCACUACCUCAGACUAUGAUGAUCAAGAAAUUGCAGAGAACAUAGCUCAUAAUUGUAGAGUUAAUGGAAUUUCUCCCGUCCUUCCUCACAUUAAGCAUUCAUGGGGGGAUGCCUUUCCAUCUGCUGACCCAGAUUGGGAUCUGGUUAUUGCUAGCGAUAUUUUAUUGUAUGUGAAACAGUAUGCUAAUCUAAUAAAGACUCUAUCCUUUCUUCUCAAUUCUUACAAGCCUAAACUUAAUGAAUUAGUUUCUCUGAGGAAUAAUGAACAGAAUGGAGAAACGUGCUUGGGGCUGCCCUGCCCGGCAUUUUUAAUGAGUUGGAGACGCAGAAUUGGAAAAGAGGACGAGUCACUUUUCUUCAACGGGUGUGAGAAUGCUGGUCUUGAAGUACAACAUUUAGGAUCCCGUGUGUAUUGCAUUAAGCCAAGAGAAACAACAUAGAUUUUCAGUAACUGUAGCUAAUUCCCAGUUGAGAAGCUGCAAUUCAACAUUCACUCCAUGCUAGGCCACCUUCCUCCGCCGCUGCCUCCUCCGGAGAUUUGGUGUCAAAUCAUAUUUCUGGCUUCCACUGAUCGGAGAACUUGUUUAUUAUUCCCACAAAAAACCCCCCUCUGAUUUUUCUCAGCACAAAGCACUCACAAUUCUUAAAUACUGUGGUACCUCGUGAAAUUUGUUUGGUUUGAUUUU